UUUGAUUUCAUGAGACGAAGACAUCGACGGAACCAGGGGACUUCAAAUUAACAAACCAAGAGAUCGAUUCUGCAUCAAUUUGAGGUUGAUUAGGUGAUUCAAUUUCCACCAUCUUUACUAGCAUUAGUAAUAUGUAUAUGAAUCUUAAUCAUAUGCAAUGAGUCGCAAUUUACUUACGAGGCAUGUAGCUGCUGUUGUCAAAUACCAAAAAGACCCACUUCGAGCGCUACAAAUGUUCAAUUCUGCGAAAAAUGAAGAUGGGUUCAAGCAUAAUCUGAUAACUUACAAGUGUAUGAUUGAGAAUCUCGGUCAUCAUGGCGAGUUUGAAGCAAUGGAAGGUGUGUUUGUAGAGAUGAGGAUGAAUAUUGAUAAUUGUUUGCUAGAAGGCGCUUAUGUAUCUGCAAUGAAGAGUUAUGGUCGAAAGGGAAAGGUUCAAGAAGCUGUUAAUGUAUUCGAAAGAAUGGAUUUCUACAACUGCGAACCAGGUGUUCAUUCGUAUAAUGCAAUUAUGAAUAUAUUGGUUGAAAAUGGGUACUUUAAUCAAGCUCAUAAAGUUUAUAUGAGAAUGAAAGAUAAAGGAAUUGUUCCUGAUGUAUAUACUUUUACUAUUAGGAUUAAAUCUUUUUGUAGGACAAGAAGAUCUUUUGCUGCUCUUAGGCUUCUUGAGAAUAUGCCUUUGUUAGGAUGUGAGUUCAAUGCGGUGGCUUAUUGUACAGUGAUAGGUGGAUUCUAUGAGGAAAAUAAUCAAGCUGAUGCACAUAAACUGUUCGAUGAAAUGCUUAAGAGAAGUAUCUUUCCUAAUGUUGUCACUUUUAAUAAGCUUAUACACACACUUUGCAAGAAGGGGGAUGUUCAAGAAAGCGAGCAGCUUUUCGACAAGGUGUUAAAGAGGGGUAUGUCUCCAAAUGUGUUUACGUUCAAUAUCUUUAUUCAAGGCCUGUGCAAAACUAAACGGCUAGCUGAGGCCACCAGGAUUUUGGGCUGUGCCAGUCGAGAAAAUCUAGCUCCGGAUGUUGUUACAUUUAAUACACUUAUAUGGGGUUUAUGCAAGAGCUUGAAGGUCGUGGAGGCUGAAAGUUACUUGAAAAGCAUGGUAAAUAAGGGGCUCGAUCCUGAUGAUUUCACAUACAACACAAUUAUUGACGGGUAUUGCAAACUGGGCAUGGUAAAAAGAGCGUUCGCAAUCUUGAACGAUGCAGUUUUCAAAGGGUUUAAGCCCGAUAAGUUCACAUAUUGCUCUUUGAUCUAUGGAUCUUGUCAGGAUGGUGACACAGAUAGAGCCAUGGCUGUUUUUAGAGAUGGUUUACGUAAAGGUGUGAAACCGACCACAAUUAUGUACAACACCUUGAUCAAAGGUUUGGCUAAGCAGGGGCUUAUAUUGCAGGCUUUGGAGCUGAUGGAUGAAAUGCCGAAAAAUGGUUGUUCUGCCGAUAUAUGGACUUAUAAUCUGUUGAUAGAUGGUUUGUGCAAGAUGGGUUGUGUAUUGGAUGCCAAUAACCUCAUGAAUGAUGCUUUGGCUGAAGGUUUCAUUCCCGAUAUUUACACAUUCAACAUUCUGAUAGAUGGUUACUGUAAGCAGUUGAAGAUGAACGACGCCCUUGAAGUCAUGAAUAACAUGUGGGACCAUGAUGUAAAGCCCGAUGCCAUCACCUAUAACACCGUGUUAAACGGUCUUUGUAAGACAACCAAGUCUAAAGAGGUGGUUGAAACUUUCCAUGAAAUGGUGGGCAAGGGUUUUGUUCCUAACGUAAUUACUUACAACACAUUGAUUGAAAGCCUCUGUAAAGCUCGAAAAGUGGAUAAAGCCAUGGAAGUUUUCAGCGAAAUGGAGAAAACCGGCUUAACUCCAGAUGAAGUUAGCUAUGGCACGUUGAUAAACGGGUUCUGCGAAAAUGGAGAUCUUGAAAGAGCCUACGAACUCUUCCAAAACAAGAAGAGCGAACCUAAUCUUCGCCACACAACUCCUACAUUCAAUAUCAUGAUAAAGGGUUUCAGUGAGAAGCUGAAGAUGGAUGAUGCAGUGAAGGUGUUCGAUGAAAUGCCUGACUACGGCUGCACACCAGACAACUACACUUUUCGUUGCAUGAUUGAUGGGUUUUGCAGGAUCGGAAAUGUCGACUUGGGUUACAAAUUUCUUGUUGAGAAGAUGAACCAUGGAUUCAUACCAUCAGUUGCCACAUUUGGGCAGGUGAUAAAUUGUCUGUGUGUGAAACAUAAAGUGCAUGAAGCAGUAGGUAUCAUCCAUGUAAUGGUGGAGAAGGAUGUGGUUCCAGAUACUGUAAGAACCAUAUUUGAAGCAGAUAAAAGGGUGGUGGCAGCUCCAAAGAUUGUUGUGGAAGAUUUGUUAAGGAAGAGUCAUAUUACUUAUUAUGCAUAUGAAGUAUUGUAUGAUGGCAUAAGAGAUAAGAAGAUGCUAAAGAAAAUUAAGAGAACUUGAAUCAGUAAUCCAAAUUUAUACUUUGAAUUUACUGUUUUUCCAAGUGUAA